AUGGGGAACGAAGAGGAGGCUGGGGUAGCAGUGAAGGGGACCGAAGAGGAGGAGGCUGGGGUAGCAGUGAAGGGGACCGAAGAGGAGGAGGCUGGGGUAGCAGUGAAGGGGACCGAAGAGGAGGAGGCUGGGGAGGAGGCUGGGGUAGCAGUGAAGGGGACCGAAGAGGAGGAGGCUGGGGUAGCAGUGAAGGGGACCGAAGAGGAGGAGGCUGGGGUAGCAGUGAAGGGGAACGAAGAGGAGGAGGCUGGGGUAGCAGUGAAGGGGAACGAAGAGGAGGAGGCUGGGGUAGCAGUGAAGGGGAACGAAGAGGAGGAGGCUGGGGUAGCAGUGAAGGGGAACGAAGAGGAGGAGGCUGGGGUAGCAGUGAAGGGGAACGAAGAGGAGGAGGCUGGGGUAGCAGUGAAGGGGAACGAAGAGGAGGAGGCUGGGGUAGCAGUGAAGGGGAACGAAGAGGAGGAGGCUGGGGUAGCAGUGAAGGGGAACGAAGAGGAGGAGGCUGGGGUAGCAGUGAAGGGGAACGAAGAGGAGGAGGCUGGGAUAGCAGUGAAAGGGCACGAAGUGAAGGAGACCGAUACUGUCACAGAGAUCAGUCCUGGUCAGGAUGAAGAGCGUCGGCGGCGUCUGGCGGCCAGGAGAGAGAGUGUCCUGAAGUCUCUACAAGGACUUCUCACUAGAAGGAAGGGCCUGAGAAGACACAGCCUUAAACCUACACGGACACCGAAAAAUGGAGCUGAAGAGAAGAAGAGUAGAAAGACAGGCGGGCAGAAAAGGGACAGAAAAACAGCGAGCAAGACCGCAGGCGGCAAGACAGCGGGCGGCAAGACAGCGGGCGGCAAGACAGCGGGCGGCAAGACAGCGGACAGGAAGACAGCGGGCAGGAAGACAGCGGGCGGCAAGACAGCGGGCAGGAAGACAGCGGGCAGGAAGACAGCGGGCAGGAAGACAGCGGGCAGGAAGACAGCGGGCAGGAAGAAAACAGAUGAGAAGGUGGAAAGUAUGAAAACGGAAGUAAAAAAAUUGGAAGGCAAAAAAACUGAAUGUAAGAAACCAGAACAAAAGAUGGAGAAGAAAGUGGAGAGCAAGAAAUCAGCGGAGGCUACGAAGUCCGACUCGACCCGGGCGGAGGCUACGAAGUCCGACUCGACCCGGGCGGAGGCUACGAAGUCCGACUCGACCCGGGCGGAGGCUAAGAAGUCCGACUCGACCCGGGCGGAGGCUAAGAAGUCCGACUCGACCCGGGCGGAGGCUAAGAAGUCCGACUCGACCCGGGCGGAGGCUACGAAGUCCGACUCGACCCGGGCGGAGGCUAAGAAGUCCGACUCGACCCGGACGGAGGCUAAGAAGUCCGACUCGACCCGGGCGGAGGCUAAGAAGUCCGACUCGACCCGGGCGGAGGCUAAGAAGUCCGACUCGACCCGGGCGGAGGCUAAGAAGUCCGACUCGACCCGGGCGGAGGCUAAGAAGUCCGACUCGACCCGGGCGGAGGCUAAGAAGUCCGACUCGACCCGGGCGGAGGCUAAGAAGUCCGACUCGACCCGGGCGGAGGCUAAGAAGUCCGACUCGACCCGGGCGGAGGCUAAGAAGUCCGACUCGACCCGGGCGGAGGCUAAGAAGUCCGACUCGACCCGGGCGGAGGCUAAGAAGUCCGACUCGACCCGGGCGGAGGCCAAGAAGUCCGACUCGACCCGGGCGGAGGCCACGAAGUCCGACUCGACCCGGGCGGAGGCCACGAAGUCCGACUCGACCCGGGCGGAGGCCACGAAGUCCGACUCGACCCGGGCGGAGGCCACGAAGUCCGUCUCGACCCGGGCGGAGGCCACGAAGUCCGACUCGACCCGGGCGGAGGCUAAGAAGUCCGAAGUCCAGAAAGUGGAGACAGAAAAGGUAGAGAGACGACAGGAGGAGGAGCCUAAAUCACCUCAGAGAGGUGUACCAGGGGACGGCCAGAAAACAGACAGCGUGUCUAAGCUACAUGCCACUAAAGAAUCUUUCAGUCUAACGGACUCUACCCUGCACCGUAUACACGGAGACAUACGCAUCUCUCUGAAGACGGACAACCCUGAUAUUAGUAAGUGUCUGACAGCGCUGGACCAACUCAGUAUGGUCUAUGUAACGUCACAACACGUCCAGAGACACAGUGAACUCAUCACUACGCUCAGAAAGAUGCGUCGUUUCCGCAGUAACCAGGACGUGAUGGACAAGGCAUCGAUGCUCUACAACCGCUUCAAGAACGCAUUCCUAUUGGUUAACGACAAGGAUAACGUCAUCAGCCCCGAGUUCCUCCGCUCGCUCCUGGAGGAGAAAGAGAGGGAGGAGGAGGAGAGGGUGGAGAGAUGGAGGGAGAAACAGAAGAGGAGAGGAGAGGUGCUGCAGGAGGUUCGCAGGAGAAUGAGUCAACUGGAGGAGAGGAGGGGAGGAGAGAAGGGGGUCGUGACUGAGAAGGAAGAGGAGGUGCCAGGGGAGGUGCCAGGGGAGGUGCCAGAGGUUGGGAGCUCCGAACUCCAAUAGCCUCAUCCUGAGCUCCACUGUGAGAAACGGAGCAGGGUGAAGUUGCCCCUAGACUCUUGGUGCAGGUUACAAUUUUUGACCACCAAUGGUUGAAGGUUAGUAUUUGGGGAGGGAAACUGAUUAUAGAUCUGUACCUGGGGGGGGGUGACAGAACAAUGGAACAGACAGAACAAUGGAACAGACAGAACAAUGGAACAGACAGAACAAUGGAACAGACAGAACAAUGGAACAGACAGAACAAUGGAACAGACAGAACAAUGGAACAGACAGAACAAUGGAACAGACAGAACAAUGGAACAGACAGAACAAUGGAACAGACAGAACAAUGGAACAGACAGAACAAUGGAACAGACAGAACAAUGGAACAGACCAACUCAGAAUCAGAGGGGGUGAACACGGAACAUAACCAGCUGUCCAACUGGGGUUAUGAUGUUUCUUAACCCUCUCUUGUCCAAUCAGAGUAUUUGGACAACCUCUUUAUCCAUAUUCAUUGGUGCACACCGUUUCAAAAACAUUGCAGACUUUUUGCAAUGGAAAAGGUCAACGAGUGGUUUUUAUUUUUAUUGGACACGUUCAGGGUGUUAGAUCUUCUAGUGAAUAGGGGUGUUUUCCUAAAGACAGACUCACCUGGGGAGUGUGUUACAUCUCCUCCUUUCCCUGAGGAUGAGAGGAGAGAAGGCGGACCUACUUAUAGGAUGUAGAAACCAGGGAACAGUUCAGUCUACACAUGUUUUUACUUUCCUGAUUAUUAUUGUUUAUUUUUUAUAUCUACACCUUGUAUGUUCUCUUAAAUACUAUACUUAAUGUUGUUGUAUAGUUUUUAACGGUGAUGUAUAGACGACAUUCUACGUAGCUUGUACUCCUUGUCCUACAGUAAGUAGCUGAGUUGGUUAUUGCUUUAGGCCAGAUGGCUAGUUGCCUAAAGCAGGUCUGGUAGCCUGGUAAUAUUACCCUUCAGGUAUCUCCUUCAAUAG